AUGGAUUUUCUGGGUUGUAAACCAGUUCAUAGUCCCAUGGUUGUUUCUUCUAAACUCCUCCAUGAUGAUAGUCCUCUUCUUAGUGAUGCAACCAUGUUUAGAAGAAUUAUAGGGAAGUUGUUUUAUUUAACGAUCACACGCCCAGAUAUCACUUAUGCCGUGCAACAACUCUCUCAGUUCGUCGGUGCACCUACGGAGGUACAUCUUAAGGCGGUUCAUAGAGUGCUUCGAUAUAUUAAAAAAUCCCCAGGCCAAGGUAUUUUGUUUUCCCCGAAUCCAAUUUUUCAGUUGAAGGGCUUUUCAGAUUCAGAUUGGGCUACCUGUCCUAAAACAAGGAAAUCUGUUACUGGUUAUUGUGUUUUCCUUGGGGAUUCUUUAGUUUCCUGGAAGUCGAAGAAGCAGCAAACUGUCUCUCGUUCAUCAUCCGAGGCGGAAUAUAGAGCACUUGCUACUACAAGCUGUGAGAUACAAUGGUUGCUCUUCUUGCUUGGUGAUCUUGGUAUUGUGCCAUCAUCCUCAUCAGUUUUGUUUUCUGAUAGUCAGUCUGCUCUCGCAAUUGCUAAAAAUCCUGUUUUUCAUGAGCGGACCAAACAUAUCGGUAUUGAUUGUCACUUCGUCCGUGAGCGUAUUCAAAAUGGGACUUUAAAGGUUUUGUAUGUUUCAAGUUCCAAUCAACUUGCGGAUUUCUUUACUAAGCCUCACGCUCCAGCUGUUUUUAACAUGUUCAAGUCCAAGCUGGGCAUACAUUCUAUGUAUGAUCUAGCUUGCGGGGGGAUAUUGAAGCAGCAUGUGAAUUGA